AUGUUUCGUAGGAAACAUAAGUUGCUUCUCCUAACGUCGUUGAUAUGCGCCAUUGUCCUACUCAUAGUUACCAUAACACAAUAUCUGGCAAUUUUAGACUACACUACCGAGGACUCCAACUUGAGAAACCUCAUUCAUGACUACAACCCUACUUCCAAUUCAAUAACAACACCAGACCAACAUGACAAAACAUCCAUAUUUGGCUCCAUAUUCAAUUCUAUUUUCAGCAUUUUAGGGGAGACUAAAGAGAAGACUGUGCCCUUUGCGGAGACAGGGGCAGCUCUUCAGUCGGAAUUCAACAAUAUCAUAAAGCAAACCAGUGAGGGCCAACUUCAAUUACAGAGAAAGAUGUCCGCCGAAAUGAAAUUGAAAUUGAUAGCUGAGAGUCACAAAAAGUUUGACCCUAACUUGGUUAAUUUGAAGAAGGGUUAUAAGUUUUACGAUAAAGUAUUUGACAUCUUGACGCUGAAAGGAAGUGGUAAGCCAGGUAUUGACUCCCUUGGAAGGUACAAGUCCAAACAUAGAAUUUACCACGCAAGGUAUCAAUAUAAACCGGAUGACCUAGAAAACGAAAAGGUCUUUCUGGAAGAAUACUUAUCUCAAUUCUUGGAAUUGAAUAGCAAUGAGUUGAAAAUCAUGAAAAGAGCUCAUAAAUAUGUCGUAGACAACUUAAACCAAUUUGACUCACCUGAAGGACUUUAUAAGGGGAACGGGAUUGUUUUUGUUGGUGGAGGUAAAUUCAAUUGGUUAACCUUACUUUCUAUCAAGUCUAUUAGAGCCAUUGGCAGUGAUUUGCCUAUUGAAGUUUUCAUUCCAAAGUUGGACGAAUAUGAACCUGAUUUGUGUGUACGAGUUUUCCCGGCAUUGGGAGCAAGAUGUAUAUAUUUACCACAUGUACUCAGUGAAGGUAAUUCUCCAUCGUCCAAAAUUCAAUUUAAAGGUUAUCAAUACAAAGCUUUGGCGAUCAUUUUGUCGAGUUUUGAAAAUGUGCUUCUUUUGGACUCGGAUAAUAUUCCUGUCCACCCGCCAGACCAUCUUUUCACCCUGGAACCAUUUGUACUGAACGGGCUAAUUGUUUGGCCAGAUUUUUGGAAGAGAGCCACGUCGCCAGACUACUAUAGAAUUGCAGAUAUCACUCUAGACAAAACUAAGUUGACCCCCAAAUACAACGAACUUACCGGAGAGUAUGAAAAUGUUAAGCCAUACCCUCCAGGUGAAGAGGUGCCACUUCAUGAGAGGCUCGGAGCAAUUCCUGACCCAACUUCUGAACUGGGACAAUUGAUGGUUUCCAAAAAAUCGCACAUGAAAGCCAUUUUAUUAGCAUUAUACUAUAAUAUGUAUGGCCCUAGUCACUUCUAUCCUCUUUUCUCGCAGGGAUCUGACGGAGAAGGUGACAAGGAAACCUUCCUUGCUGCUACCGUGGCAUUAAAGCAGCCAUUUUACCAAGUCUCCAAAUUCUUGAAUGCCUUUGGCUACUUCAAUACAAAGAAUGAGUUUGUAGGUACAGGGAUGGGACAAUAUGAUCCCGCAGAGGACUUUGAAAUGAAUAAGAAAAAAUCAGCAUUAAAGGGGAAGCUGAAUUCUGAGCAAGCAAAAUUGAUAGAAGCGGACCCAAUCUUACUGAGUGGACCUAAAAUUUUGUUUGUUCAUGCAAACUUCCCUAAAUUAAACCCUUGGUUAUUGAGACAAGAAGAAAAGAUCAUUAAUGAAAAGGGCCAGCGUAUAAGAUUAUAUGGAACGGGAAUGAAAAAGCGUACUGGAUACGAUUUUGAAACCGUUCAAUGGUCAAAUAUGAAAUUUUUGUUAUGUGAGUUGCAAAUAGAUCUUAAAGCGUAUGAAGAUGUUGACAGAGAAGAAUUGUGCAUGGAAAUAGCGACCCAUUUACUGUUUCUCAAGUCCACCAUAAACACUCUUGAGUAA